AUGGCGUUGUCGCGGGGGACGACUCCCGGGGGGACGACUCCCAGAACCACGCCCGAGUCGGAGAGAGAUGCCGAAUUCCAAGAGCAUGAAAAGAUUCUGUCUCCAGAUUUCCUUUCAGUUGCCCAAAUCACUGAUUUGUUAACAGAGGACGUCAAUGGUGUUCAAGAAAAACUAAGAACAUUUUUGAAUUUCCAAAAUCUUGAAACUUGUUUAAAGGAUGCCAUUCUACUAGAUUAUUAUGUAUCUGGAUUUCUAUGGGCUAGAGGAAUGGACUUUUCUAUUAUUCAAUAUUCAAAAUUUAUGACUUUACUAGAUAUGUUACUUCACAAUCUUAAAACACUACAUAUGUCCUUAGAGGACAGCAUCAAAUGGCUCGGGGAAGUUAUGGCUGAAAUAGGACCAACUCAUUCACAAAAAAGUGAAGAAUGGAAUAUCUUUGAUGUAAAACAAGCCAAUGCUAUCAUUGAUUAUUUAAAAAUCAGCUUAUUUCAACACUACAAGCUAUAUGAGUUUAUGUUCUACUCUGCCAGGGAAGAAAUUGUGAUAGGAACUGAGCAAGUGAUAGAGGUUGUCAAGCCUGCUGGUGGCCUUUUCCCGGAUCCUCUGGAAGAAGGAAUCUCAUUUGAUAUUUACUCAACAUUCAUAAAACCACUCCCGACAUUGGAAACAGAAAUGAAGGGAUUGGAUCAAGAACAAGGCCUUGAGGGGUCCAAGUCAGAAACUGACACUCCAGACACAGAUCCUUUAGUUGGUUUCACCAUUGAAGAUGUAAAAUCAGUGCUGGGUCAAGUCACAGAUGACAUUUUAAUCCGCAUUCAGACUGAGAUAAACAAAAAGCUGCAAAUACAGGAAGAGGCCUUUAAUGCACGAAUAGAAAAAUUGAAAAAGGCCUGAGGACUCGGUACAAGAAGAGUAAUGCUAAACUUCACAGAAACAAACAAAACCAGCCGGAAUAAUAGACUCUCUACAGCAUCGUAUCUCUUUCAUUUAGUUACAAAAGAAAAACCAAGCCCCCCUCCCACUUUUUAUUAUCCUAAGUAAUUAGAAAAGUAUUGGCCCCAAUUUUGCUAUCUCUUGUCCCCUAAUAGCCUCUGAAUUUAUUGCAUUGAGCGUAAUAAGAACAUUUCGUAUACUAGAGUUUGGAGAAUUACAUAUAAAAAUACAAUUACUUUUACGAUAGUCCUUUGACGUUUUGACUAAUAAACUCUAUUCAUCUUCAAGGAGAAUGAAGCCAACUUUUUAAAUAACCAAAAAUAUAGAAAAAUAAUAAUUUUUAUCCAUAUUGACCUAAAUGAACCGACACAUUGGAGCACUGUGAAAAGAUACCAGUACCACACUGCUGAGGAUAAAAUUUGUUAAACAAUAGCAAUUCAAAUGCAUACACUCUGGUUUUUUUUUUUUUCUUAAAUCAUUUGUUUUUCUUAUUUAAAUGUUUCAGUGUGAAACCAAUUUUCUGAAAUUAUAUAAUGCAGUUUGAAGCACUUUAA